AUGUCCCGCUCACGCAAUUCAUUCUUCAGCAACUCUUCGGGAACGAAUGAUCAGCAGCAUCCUCUUCUAUCAAGAGAAUAUAAUUCGCACAAUGGCAUUAAUCUGCGUGAUCUCUCUCCUCCUUCAGCUUCUCGAGCCACGCCGAGUCCACCGCCGGAAUUUUAUAGGGACCUUAGAUCCCCUACUAGUACAAAUGCGAGAACGAUAUCUCCUCGACCUGUCUCGGAAGCAGGAUCUGCGAGUAAAAUGAAAGGAAAUGGAAAGGCAAAGGGAAGGAGGAUACAAUUUGCUGCUCCUCCUCCACCCAUUGCGGGAAGCGUUGUGGCUCUGGGAAUGGGCGGAAAGAUGGGAAUAAGUUUAGAUGGUAGUAGAAGUCCUAGUUUGAGAGGGAGUUUGGUGAGGGAGGCGAGAAGAAGCGUCGGAGGUUUGAAGUCCAUAGGGGUUAGUGUUGGAGGCUCAGUACAAGUCGAUACUUUGUUGGGAUUGGAAAGGAGGGAAAGGGCUUUGCAGGCAGAAUUACAAAUGUUGUUGGAUGCGCAGGGUGAGGGAUUAUUGGCAGGGUUUGGUGGAGGAGGUGGUGACAUGAGAGAUGGAAGUGGAAAUAGCACGCCCUACGACGAGAUCGUUACAACGGGGCAACCGAAGAAAAGAACAAUUGGAUUAAAGGCAGCGAGGAAAGGAUUAUUAAGGGAUAUGAGUGAAUUGGCGGAUGUUAAAGGUGAGGAAGGAGAUUUGUUAGGAGAAGAAAUUGAGAGGAGAGAGAUGUGUAUUGCGAAAACAAAGGAUUGGAAGAUUAGAAUCGAAGAGGCCAAGAAAGAAAUUGGGGAAUUCAUCUCAGUGGACACAACAAUUGCGGGAUCGACUUCACUGGACAGAGAGAGAAAUGAAUCUACUCAAGGCAAAUCCGAAGAAGAUCGUGAGAUAGCCGAGCUGCGGACUGAAGAGAGGGCUGUGGCAAACGAGAUACGAGAAACGGAAGAUAGAUUGUUACAAAUGAAGGCUCGAAAGAAUUGGUUAGGGGAACGUAUUAAAGAGAGGGUUAAUCAGAGAGAAUCUCGAUUAUCUAGUUACCGUGGAGCUCUAAAAGAAGUAGAAUCCGAAGUCCAGGAAUUUUUGACUAGACCACCAGCCAUGGUAUCGAUCAGUAUGGGAGAUGAAGAAGGAUUUAUGGCGCUUCCACCUAAGCGCCGCACAUUAGAAAUUGCAGAAGAAUGGUGGAAUAAAGAGAUAAAUUCGUUGCAAGAACGGAAACUAGAGGUAGAAAAGGAGAAAGAAGCAUUGGAGGAUGGAGCAAAGUAUUGGGAAGAAUCCGUAGGAACAGUGAUACGAUUUGAGGAUGAAUUGAGGGAAAGUAUGAAGAGUGGAAAGUGGCCGAAACUAAGGGCUGGAACUUAUUGGUUGUCGCUAUAG